AUGCCUAAAGCCACAGCCAAGAAGAAGGAAAAGAAGGCUGACUUUGUUAAAGCCAAAUUGAAGCUGGGCAAGGGCAAGAAGAGUGCUUCCAAUGCGACCGACACUUCUUUCAAGGCCAGGUCUAUUGCUCUUCCAGGACAGGAAGCCCUCAACAGAGCUCUUCUCGUUUCAGAAGGAAACGGUCCCUCAGAACCUACCACUGCCAAUGGUCUCACUCUCGAAGAUCUCCUGAACCGAUUAAGGCACCCCAACUCUGGAGUCAGGAAAGAGUCGCUAGGAGGCAUCAAGGAGAUUCUGCAGCAGGGUAUAGGCAAGGAGAUUGGCAAGGUCUUGAGGGCUCUCGGCGGUUUGGUUGCUGAUGAUGAUGCGGGGGUCAGAAAGGGGUUAUUGGGACUACUAGAGUGGUAUCUGGCCCACCUUCCAAUGUCUGCUCUUUCGCCGCAUCUGCCCUUGCUCGUCCUCCAAACGUCCUCCGCCCUCUCGCAUAUCUUCCCUGAAAUCCGACUUGAUGCCUGUAAAUUGGUGCAUCUUCUCCUCCAACACGUUCCCGCCCACGUUCUCUCUCAAUGGCCCUACGAAUCAUCCAAUAUUCUUGAAGGCUUGCGUCUCGCCGUCGGCCUCGGCGGUGAGAAGGGCGUCAACUCUUCGAUAGGAAGAUUGACGGGUGGAGCAAAACUAGUGACGAUGAAGGCCAUGAGAGAGUUCGUCAGGGUUGGAUUGGAUAGCGGAGAGGAAAGAAAAUGGGGAGCUGGGUGGGUAAGGGAAGGUGGUAAGAGAGAAGGGAAGAGAAAGGAGGUCAGGGAGGAGCCGAUGUUGGAGGAUCUAGCAUUGGAAGGCUGGCUGGUCGGGGCGCAGGGACUGAAGGACAUUUGUGACGGCGGGAAUGUAUGGGAGGUCGGCAGACUUGGGUCCCACGGCGGACAGGGCAACGAAGCGGGUGUCGUGAGCGUCCUUUCGCAGCUCUAUAUCCAACUUCACCCUCUUCUUCUCUCCACAUUCCUUGAAAACGCCCCCACUGCUUUCUCUCCAUCGGCACCCACCGUUCCCACCGCUUCGGAGGAUAUCCCUCUACAACUCUGCGUCGCUACCGCCUCUCUCACUGAGCUUCUCGCCAAUGCCAUCCUCACCCGUGCCCCCGCCGAGUCCAAUACACCCGAAUUGAAAGAGGUCAAGGCUUGCAUAUUUGACUUUCAAAGGCGGAUGACGGCGUGGUUCCCGUUUGCUUCUAGGACAGCUCCCACACCGAGCGGCGUGACACCAGAAUUCGAGUUGUCUUUGGCCUACGCCGACCUCGCUUUGCUCCUUGCUCCUCGACCGGUUGAGCUGGUCUACCCCACGCAGGUGGACCGCCGGGCAAAAGAGUUGGGAUGGCGAGAGCGAGUCAAGGCUACCGAGGAGGCGUGGAAAAAGAUGCAGACGGCUGAGAAAGGUGCAAAGGGGAAAGGCAAGGCCGGUCAAAGUCAGUGGGCAAUGGAAGAGGUGGCUGAAUGGGUGGUGGACGUGUUGGCUCCCUCACAGGACGCCCUUGCCCCUUCUCUCACACCGGAAACGUACAAGGCCCUUCUUCCCAUCGUCUGGGAUUUGCUCGUCCAGCCGCCAGCCUCCACUUCAGAGCAGGCCGACAUCCCCUCUCUUGUCGGCACUUCGCUUCUCAACCACCUCCUCCGCCAAUCCUCUACUUCUCUCAUCCGGGAGUUGGGCGAUCAGUUUUUGAUAUCUCUCAUUGAGGUGCACGAGCAAAAGUACAUGACACUGCCUUUCUACCUCCCUCCUUCUUCGUCUAUACGGCCGCUGAUCCAAGGGUGGUUCGACUCCAUCCCCCGUACACUCUUUGAACUGGGCCCCAAAGCCCCUUCAACCACCCAGCACCUUCUCCGGUUCCUCCUCUCGGCAGCCCUCCAAGCCCCCGCAGCCUACCCUCAACCAUACUCCCUACUUGACUUUUCCGGUUUCUCCCAAUUUACCCAGAAAUUAGCAGCAUUCUUCUGGGUGAAGCAUCCCAAGAGGGGCGAUAUACCGGGGGCGUGGGUCAAGCUGGAGGACAAGGAGGUGAAGCGGCUGGGCUUGGAUGUGGCCAAGGCUUGGGCUGGGUGGGAUCAGGGUGGCAAGUUGGCUGAGGCUGUUAGGAAAGCGUGUGAGGGGAGUGAAGGAGAGUUGGGACAGUACUGGAGAAGAUAG